GUCUGCGAACGAUUGAUGGCGCCACUUGCAGCGGUGUGCCCGCGCACGAUCGUUUCGAGUGCAGCGCUAACCACUCUGUGAUCAUUCCGCCCGCAGAAUCGCCAAAAAUAUGCAAAAAUAUGAGAAGCUCGAGAAAAUAGGAGAAGGUACUUAUGGAACCGUUUUCAAAGCCAAGAAUCGCGAGACUCACGAAAUCGUUGCUUUAAAGAGAGUCCGAUUGGACGAAGACGACGAAGGUGUACCGUCGUCCGCGCUCAGAGAGAUUUGUCUGUUGAAAGAGUUGAAACACAAGAAUGUCGUGAGGUUGUACGACGUGUUGCACAGCGAUAAAAAGUUGACACUUGUGUUCGAGCACUGCGACCAAGAUCUGAAAAAGUAUUUCGACAGCCUGAACGGGGAGAUUGAUCUGGACGUGGUGAAGUCCUUUCUGUAUCAAUUGCUGCGUGGAUUGGCGUUUUGUCACAGUAGAAACGUGCUGCACAGAGACUUGAAGCCGCAGAACUUGCUCAUCAACAAGAACGGCGAGUUGAAGCUGGCCGAUUUCGGACUGGCCAGAGCAUUCGGAAUCCCGGUGAAAUGCUACUCCGCGGAAGUCGUAACGUUAUGGUACCGUCCACCGGACGUUCUCUUUGGGGCAAAGUUGUACACAACGUCCAUCGACAUGUGGAGCGCAGGUUGUAUAUUUGCUGAGCUAGCAAACGCCGGUAGACCUUUGUUCCCCGGUUCGGACGUGGACGAUCAACUCAAGAGAAUAUUCAAAAUGUUGGGUACGCCGACCGAGGAGACGUGGCCGGAUUUUACUACUCUCCCCGACUACAAACCAUUUCCGCUUUAUCAUCCUGCUCAGGGAUUGGCUCAAGUUACGCCGAAACUUAAUUCUAGAGGCAGAGACUUGCUACAGAGGUUACUGGUGUGCAAUCCAGCGUUACGGUUGUCGGCGGACGAAGCAAUGGCGCAUCCCUACUUCAACGAUUUGAACCCUGCCAUUAAAAACGAUCGUUGUCAAUAGUGGACGUUGCUCGAGCCGAUUCCAUCUACAGCGUACCAUCGCUGAUAGUGUAACGACCAAAAUCAAGCCGGCAAUGAUCGUUUGUUAAUACAUUUAUAUAUAUAUAUAUAUAUAUAAAUUUAUAUAUGUAUAUAUACUUUUAUAUAUAUAUAUAUAUAUAAAAUGUAACUAGUAUCGUAAGUAUAUAUUUCGCACUCUCGAUGCGUCGAUUAUGACGCGAGACGAAGCGAGAGACGGGUCCUGUGUUAUAAAAUAAGAAUGUCCAAGGGAAAAUCAAUAAAUUGUCAAUUUUAUUAGCGACGACGACGACUUUCUAUUUGAAAGAAAAGCAGAGUGCGCGAUAUAUUUCAGAAACUUGUUGUACAAAAUAUCGCCAAUCUCCUUAAACUACACACACGUGACACGCAACACAACAGACACUUGUAUACACUUACUUACACACUCGCCCGCGCGUAUUACCUAUCGGUAUCUCGACUUGUAUUACGCAUCGAGUCCAACCGUUCGUUCACUUGCUCACUCAUUUUGUAGAUGUUUGUAUAUCUAUUGAUUUACAGAUUUAGUUAAUUUAUCUCUAUUUAUUUGCCGAUAUUACGAAACAACUUGUAGAUCUAUUAAAUACAUUUCUUAAAGAUA